AAAAAUAAAUAAAUAAAUAAAUAAAGGGCGUAAAAUGUGAAUAUGUCUUUGUUGAUACAACUUUUACAUGUAAUAGAUUCUGUUUGUUAGUCUUUAACAGCAAAUGAUAACAAUCUUGAAUGGUUCUAAUAAUCCAGAAAACAGCAAAAUCUCUGCUUCAUAGUUUCUUAAGUCUGUUUUUAAGGGAACUGGUUAUUAAAAUUUAACUUAAUUUAAAAUUUAGCCUUGAGAGCCGCUAAUGACCACAACAUCUAUCUAUCUUUCUGUCUGUCUAGUUAUCCUUUUAACUCAAACGUCCCAGACCAAGCCCCCCCUCCAAUGAUGACACGCGCGCCUCCAUGUCCAGCUUUCCAAAGUGUCCAAAUCCUCCUUUCUGCAGCUGCUCUCUCACAGACAGCGUUGCCAUGGAGAGGUCUGGGUCUGUGCUCCUUCUCCUUCUUCAUGUUCUGCUGGGUUCGGGAGGCGCGCAGCAUCUUUCAGGCGCGCGCCUUGGACCGUGGAGGCACCGGCUUCAGUGGGAGAACAACGGUCGGGUGUUCAGCUUGCUGAGUACCGGGACUCGGUACCACUCGCCCUCACAUAGCAGGAGGCGCACGCAGCUGCUGCUGACGACAAACCCGGGUUCUGAGCAGAUCCAGCCCCCUGCAGCUCUGGGCAGGUCCACCAGAACCAGACCUGUGGGCUCUGGCGGCGCAGCGGGAAUUUUGGAACAAAUCAGCCAAACGGAGGCGUCAGAUGUUGGUUCUGAUGCGGGUCAGUUCCUUCUCGCUUCCGGGCGGACUUCCACGCGCCUGGCUCCAUUUAACGGCAGUGAUGGGGCUUUUACCGCCACUCCAGAGUUCUCCGGAAGCGGAGUCCCGCGGGGAGGCCGGAGCGCACCAAGAGGUGACGCCGGUGCGCAACGGGCCAAUGCGGCGCAAGAAAGAGCGCGGGGCUCGGAGCGCAGCCAGCUCAGUGGUCUCGAAGGCGACGGUUCAAACUCGGUAUGGAGCAACGUGUCUGCGGAGGACUCCGUCCCUCAUCAGACCCAUUCAGGAGACGCCCCAACAGCGCACAGCGCGCGGGGAGCGCGCCCGCCGGCCAGGGUCGCUCCACAGCCCAACGAUACUCCUCCAGAGCCGCCCAGCAACAAUGCUGGAACUCGACUUCCCCCCAGGGCCACGGACACGGCGGAUGCGAGCGAUCCACGGGAUCCACACAGUAUCCAUUACAGGAACUCGGUUUUCUACAACGUUUACGCACCGGACCGCAGGAACAGGCUGGACACGCGCCCUCCAGGAACCGGGUACGGCACCAGGUUCUUCCACAACGGUCUCCCAGACCUGAUUCCAGACCCCUACUACAUCCAAGCAGCUUCGUACAUCCAGAGGGUGCAGAUGUAUGCGCUUCGCUGUGCAGCAGAGGAGAACUGCCUUUCCAGGUCUGCGUACCAUCACAGCGUCAGUGACCUGGACUACAGAGUUCUGCUGCGCUUUCCUCAGCGAGUGAAGAACCAGGGCACUGCAGACUUCCUUCCACAGAAACCCAGACACCAGUGGGAAUGGCACAGCUGUCACCAGCAUUACCACAGCAUGGAGGCCUUCAGCAACUAUGACCUGCUGGAUGUUUCCUCUGGACAGAAGGUCGCUGAGGGGCACAAAGCCAGUUUCUGUCUGGAGGACACUUCCUGUGACCCAGGAGUCCGCCGCCGGUUUGCGUGCACCGCCCACACCCAAGGGCUCGGUCCUGGUUGCUAUGAUACGUAUCACGCCAACAUUGACUGUCAGUGGAUCGACAUCACCGACGUGCCUCCUGGAAACUACGUUCUUAAGGUGACAGUGAACCCAUCUCAGCUGGUCCAGGAGUCGGACUUUUCCAACAACGAGGUGAGGUGUGACAUCACGUACACCGGCAGCCACGUCCAGGCGAGAGGCUGCAGGAUUGUUGUGUGAGCACCAGCAAAAGACGACUCGUCUGCUUCUGAGCUUCAUCGCUCUUGCUGCCUGAUUUCAGCUGUUGUCCAUGUUUGGACAGAAAGGUCUGUUCGCUGUGCAGCCACUGCACCACAGCGCCCCUCCUUCCUGGUCAGCUGGUUGAUUCUCAGACUAACCUUUACGCUCUCAGCAAAGCUGAUCAAAUCUCCAUUUGUGUAAAAAUGUCCUCAUUUUAGAGGGGGGCGGGCAAACAACGGCACAGGGGCCACAUCCGGCCCCCUAAACCAUGUCAUCUGGCCCCCAAACUGGAAGAAAUGAUACCGAUAAUCUUGAUGAUCGUUUUAUUUUCCAUGUCCUUAUGGAGUCUCCUUAAAGAAUAAAUGGACCUUUGUUUAUGAGCAGAAGGUUAUUCUGCAUUCUGGUGUUCCAACGUUUGUUUUCCCGGUCGGGCGGGAAUCGUUUCGAUCGUUCCGACGCCACAUGAAGGCAGCCUUUUUCCAGGUUUCACCUGGACCGACAGCGACCCACCAUGGGAGCUAAAGCCACAGAUUGGGAAAUAAAAACUCUAAUAAAAAGCUUCCAUCCAGACUCCACGUUAAUUCUUUGUCUGAUGAGGUGAAUUUCCAAAACACUCCAUGCAUCUGUCCCGGUCCGGCCCUCAAGUCCAAUUUUAGAACUCUAUGUGGCCCUCAAGUCAAAAAGUGAACCCACUCCUGGUUUAAGUGGAUAUAGUUUUAACGGUCUCAUGGAAAAUUCUUUGUGUGGGUUCAACCAACAAAAGCUGUUGAAGUCUAAUAAAAAUAAAGCAUCUUUUGUAUCUUUUUAAUUUAAAAAAUCAUGCCCACUUUUAAAUGAUUAGCAUUUUGAUGAGUUAAACUAUUUAUGAAAGCUUUUCUGAUGUCAAAUAUGGUUUAUUUGAUAGAUUUUUAACCUUGUGAAACCCUGGAGUUCCCAUCUGCAGAAAGGACCUGAUUGUGUUUUUCACAGCAGCAGAACCGUGAAGACGUCCUCGUCCCUCAUCUGCCUGUCAUGCUUUGAUUUAAAGUCUUUCCUGUCAAUCACACCAAGUCGAGGUUGUCAAUCAUCUACAGCUGUCCUGAUUUGUGUUAACGAUCCUUAAAAGUCUGCUUUUCAGUUCCUUUGUCGUCUUUUUGUUUCUCCUUCAUUCAGUGGAUUUUGUCAUGUUUAAGUUUAUUUAUUAAACCUUUGAAUUGCUGCC